AUGCCAGUACUUCAGUUUCAACCUCUGAAUUCGCAACCUACACCUUCCUUUUGGACUGCCCUAACCUCUCGCAAGCUUGAUGACUUCAAGCUGGACGACAGCACACAAUCGAUCGCUGGAUGGCUGGAGGAGGGCAGAGAGAUAGUGGACAAUCACAUGCGUAUGACGGAUCAGCAGACAACCAAUAUUGGCGUAGAUGGAAGUGUAACGGUCGGUGGUAAUGCCUUUGGGCAGGACUCCAUCAAGGUGCAAGGUGUUCUGAAGAUGUUCAACACUAUCGAGGAAUUCCGACAGACCGGGAUCAAGAAAGAACUGUUUGGAAGCCUUGUAGAUAUGAUAUUGGACUCAUUCACAUCCAACGAGCCUGUUCUCAAUCCUUUCUUGCUUGUAACUUAUGCGGAUCUCAAGAAAUAUACCUAUCAUUAUUGGUUUGCAUUCCCCGCCUUAGUUGCGGAUCCGGCUUGGGACCUGGUUGACGGAUGUUUAUCGGAAAUUGAUAAGCAGGACGUGCAAGAAAUCCGGCAACUCGAAGUCAGCUGGGCUAACAGUAAGAUUUCACUAAAUGAAGCCUUCCUUGUGAAAGGAGAUUUAGGAGUACGAAGUAUCGCAUCAUUGGCCAUGUAUCAAUCCUUUUUCUCUGGAGUUCCAUCAGAACAGCGAAUAAUUGCGUUUCACGAUCCAUCCUCAUCGCGGUUGAAUCCUGGGUGGCCUCUUCGAAAUGUCUUAUAUUACCUGAACGCGAUACAUGGGAUGACUAGGAUCCGCAUCGUAUGUCUAAGAGAAGGGAUCUCUAGUCGUCAGGGUGAGGUGAUGGUCGAUGACAAUAAGGUGAUGACUACAAACAUGACACCCGUGGCAGUAGGCUGGGAGAGAAACAAAGCGGGAAAGCUUGCUAGUCGCGUUGCAGAUUUAGGGCCAACUAUGGAUCCGAUUCGCCUAGCUGAACAAGCUGUCGAUCUCAAUCUCAAAUUGAUGAAGUGGAGGAUCGCUCCAACUCUCGAUCUGGACAAGGUUUCGAAUACCAAAUGUCUGCUGUUGGGUGCGGGGACUCUGGGAUGUUACGUGGCUCGGAAUUUGAUGGCAUGGGGUGUACGCAAUAUUACUUUCGUAGAUUCUGCGAGAGUAUCGUUCUCGAAUCCUGUUCGGCAGCCGCUUUUUCGUUUCGAAGACUGUCUGAAUGGAGGCCGUCCGAAGGCUGCGUGUGCUGCUGAUAGGCUGAAAGAGAUCUUUCCCAAUAUGCUCACGGAAGGUUACGCCUUCAAUAUCCCGAUGCCUGGUCAUCCUGUUCCACCUUCCCUCACCGAAUCCACCUCGGCCGAGAUCCAGAAAUUAGAAGAGCUGAUUGCGCAACACGACGCCGUCUUCCUUUUAAUGGACUCCAGGGAGUCGCGAUGGCUACCUACCAUGAUGGGAAUGAAUCAAGGAAAGAUAGUAAUCAAUGCAGCACUUGGUUUUGACACCUAUUUGGUCAUGAGACAUGGUAUACAGCCUGUGAAUCCGGACGUCGAUCAGCUGGGAUGCUACUACUGCAAUGACGUUGUCGCGCCGACUGAUUCUUUGACCGACAGAACUCUGGAUCAGAUGUGUACUGUUACAAGACCAGGAGUUGCACCCAUCGCAGCUGCUUCUGCUACAGAGCUGCUCGUAUCUCUAUUGCAACAUCCGCUUGGGGCACAUGCCCCUCCAUAUGUUUCCGCUGAUAUGCCGAGACUUGAAGAGGAUCUGCCGCUAGGUAACGUUCCUCACCAAGUACGCGGUAUAUUGGGCCAAUGGCGCACGAACAUCGUGAAUGGCCCAGCGUAUGACAAAUGCACAGCCUGCAGCGCGAUUGUUUUAGAUGCUUAUCGUCAGCAAGGCAUAUCAUGGUUGUUUCGGGUCUUCGCGGAUGCCAAAAUCUUGGAGCAGGUGACGGGCCUGGACAAGCUGCACGCUGAAAGCGAGUCAGCUUUAAACAGUAUUGAGUGGCUCUCAAGUGAUGACGAGUCUGAAGGCCUGUGA